GACGAGAAUGAUCGAAAGGGGUUUUCAAAGACUGAAGGGUCUCUACGAUUUGCAUACGGAUAUGAAGGAUUUGCAAUUUAGCUACAAAGCUUCAACUAUUGCAACACCGCCCCAUAUGACACAAUCCGGUAGCAUUGGAGUCUGUUUGAUGAGAAACACUUGGAAAGAGGAACAGCACCCAUCUUCCAUCAAUUUUAUCUCCACUUUCCUCAGCGCAAAUUCUUUUCGCCUUAAUUUUGUCCCAAUUGCCCCGGACUUUAUUUUCAAUUGUGGCGGUUUGUCUGUUGCCUUCAUUUUUGUGACAAGUUGGGAUCAAAACAACGCGUCUCCAAUCUUCAGCAGAAUUCAGAAACUCAAGAUGCAAUUCGCACGUUUUUAUGUCGUCAUCAUCCUCCCAGAGAAGGAGCAAAUUGAAUCAUUUUUUCGAGCAUACUUCAAAUUCGAUAUGGUGAUUGCCAAGCCAACUUUUGUGCCAGUUCAAGACUUGGAGAUGGGCUUUGAAAAGAUGGUCAAAGUAGCUCAUGCUUUGGGAGUGUGCAAGCAGCAGAAAAUUAUAGAAAAAUUGAAGGCUGAGAGGAGGCAAUUAGUACAAGGAAUGGACCAAUACCUUAAAGUGAUUACAUCAAUUCCCGGCAUUGACAGUCAUGAUGCAAAUGCGCUUUGUCAAGCCAUUGGUUCUGUCCAAGCAAUUGCCAAAGCAUCAAAAGAGCAAAUUCUAGAGAACACGGAUCUUUCAACUGACAAGGCCGAGAUUAUUUCCAGGUUUUUUAGGGACCCAACAUUUUACUCCAGUCCCAAAAUCAACUAAUAACUACGGGCUUAAAGUUAGUGUUAGUGUUUUUUUGUUUUUCGCUUUUAGCUUUUGGGUGAUCAGCCAGUGUUUUUCACCCCAUUAAUAUAUAAUAAUUGACUGUCGGCACUGUUUAUAUGUAGGAAGGGUCACGCGGUCGUCAUCAGUCAACUCAAAUAUCCAUAGACUUUUGCAGAUCAUAAUUCCAGCCUUCCACUUGUUGGCUGACAUGAAUCAUGAGCAAAAUAGCAUCUGUUCAUAACGUUUUGCCUCUUGUGACUAUGCAGCUCUUCGUAGUUUCUUAAGUCGUAAUUUGAGGUUUGUUGGUUGGACGAAAUUUUGCUUGGGCUUGUCUCGUACAGUGUUCAGUUUGAUGGAGUGGAUGGUGGAUAUUGGAGAGAUUUUAAUGAUUCUUCCAAACCGCUUACUUUUAAAGGAGAGGGGGAGGAAAUUCUAUUAAUACGAUAUUUGCUUCAUUAGGCAGGGGUGAUGGGAAAUUUCGUCAAGGGAAAUCAGGGAAGAAGA